AUGGACAUUGAACAACCAUUUGAAUGCCUCCAUGGAAGUUCUAGUGAUCUGAUUGAUGAACACGGAAUCGACAUGCAAAAUCAAGAAAACAAACAAAAGGAUAUGCUUGAGCAAUUUGGUUGGAAAUUUGAAUCUCGGAAAGAACUUCUCGGUACUCUUCGAGAGUUUUUCUCAAUACAAGGAUAUGCAAUAUCUAUCAAAAACUCCAGACAAGAUAGAUAUCUUACCAUCGGUUGUGAUCGGGGUGGUUGUUACCGGAAUAAGUGGCAUGUUCCCUUAGAGAAACGGCAAAGAAAAACGACAACUCGUCUCAUAAAUUGUCCUUUUGAAUUCUAUUGUAAGAGACAAGAUGAUGGCUUGUGGGUGGUUAAUGGAGUCAAAAAUAGCUCACAUAAUCAUGAACCCUCAAGUGAUAUGUCCAGACAUCCCUCUUGCCGUCGUUUGUCAGAGAAAGAGAUUGCGAGAAUUGAAGAAAUGACUAGAUCAGGAAUACCCCCACGCCAAAUUCUUUCUUCACUUAGACAAUCCAAUCCGAAGCUUCAAGCGGUAUCAAAAACAAUUUAUAAUACAAAGGGGAAAAUUCAGAAGGACAAUUUGACAGGACGAACUAUGAUCCAAGCAUUGUUUGAAGAGCUUUGUCAAGGUGAUUUUACUUUCGACGUUGCAUAUGAUCAAAAUGAUCGUUUUACACAUCUAUUUUUUGCACACCCUUUUUCAAGCAUAUUAACCAAAAGCUAUACAAAUGUCUUUGUGAUGGAUUGCACCUACAAGACAAAUAAGUACAAGAUGCCACUACUUGACAUAAUUGGAGUUUCAAGUUUUAACAGUUCCUAUAACUCUUGUUUUGCCUUUUUGGAGAAAGAGGGAGAAGGAGAUUAUAUUUGGGCUUUGCAAAAUUUUAGCAAGAUUUUGGGUCCGACUUGCCAUCCUUCUGUUAUUGUAUCAGAUAGAGAAUUGGCCUUGAUGAAUGCCAUAAAAGUUGUUUUCCCUUCAACUAGAAAUCUAUUGUGUGUGUGGCAUAUUGAAAAAAACAUUUUGGCAAAUUGCAAGCCUUACUUUGAUACUCAAGAUGAUUGGACCACAUUUUUGUCCACUUGGAACGAAUUGAUAAACUCUCAAGAUGAGGAGGCAUUCAAUGAAGCUUGGAAAUUAGUUGAGCUACUGUACAAGGAAAAGGAAAAAGUGGUAUGCUAUAUUCGAAAGACAUGGCUUCCAUUCAAAGAGCGAUUUGUGCAUGCAUGGACUGAAAAUUGUGCUCAUUUUGGAAAUCGUGUUUCUUCGAGGGCAGAAGGUGCACAUGGAAAAUUGAAGAAAUAUUUACAAGUUUCAACUGGUGAUCUCUAUCAAGUGAAGAACAAGAUAUGUCUUGCUAUUGAAAAUGAAUUUAAAGAGAUAACGAGUCAACUCUCAAGUGAAAGGAUUCGAAUCCUUCACAACUGCAAUAAUUACUUCUUUAAGGAGUUGAUCACCAAAGUGUCAUCAUUUGCUUUGCGGAAAUUAGUUGAUCAAUAUGAGAUGUUGAAGCAUGGUACAAUGAAAUCAACAUGUACGGGACACUUCAUGGCAAGUAUGGGUCUUCCUUGUGCACAUAAGAUGAUUGAUUGGAAAGGUAAGGUGCUACCGCUUGAUGCAAUACAUUCACAAUGGAGGAUUGAUACGAGAUCCUUUGCAUUUUUUGGUGGGGGAGAAACUAAUUCGAAUGGGGAAGAAUUCAAAAGGUUAGUUCAUGAGUUAGAAAAUAAAUACCAAGAGUGGCCUGCAAGCCAAAGAGAACGUGUAUAA